UUUGAUGUUAUUCGUCGGUCCAAUUCCCGCGCGAGCUGCGUUCUCUCAUUUGGUGUGAACGUGUGAAUUAAUUCCUGCUGCGGUUCUAACCAGAGCAUGUUGAAAUGAUUAGGAUACUUAUUUGACAUGCAACGUUUGUUUACCAUUCUUGUUCUGAGCCAUGAGACAGACCCUGUCAUCGGCAGCCUUCACCUUCACCUUAGGGUCUUGCAAGUGAACUUUAAAUCACUUCCACUCCAGCCGGCACCAAGAUUUUGCAGAGCACGAUAAUUUCAAGUCUUCACUAUGAGUCGCAUUGCUGCUCUGAAUGAUGAGGAGCCCACCCAGCUCAGCACUGGAGAGAUCCAACCUGUCAUCACAAGAGAGGCUCAGGAGGAUGCUGCCUACCAGCAGUACACUGAGGCCCUUAGACUGCAGGCAGCAGGCGAUGAUGACGGCGCUGACGUGCUGUUCCGUGCAGUGCUCGCCUCUCCAGCUCUGGCAGACACGGCCGAGCCAGACACAUCUGGCAUGGCCCGGCUGCUGCGAUACACCUGCCACAAGAACCUGGGCAGUGGGGCGCUGCGGCGCGGCCAGCACGAGGCGGCGCUGGCCGGCCUGCUGACGGCUGCAGCCAUUGACGACUCGGAUGUCACGCUGUGGUACAAAGUGGGCGUGGCGGCAUACCGGUGCGGCCGCUACCACCAGGCGCGCUCCGCCUUCAAACAGGGCCUGGCCUGCAGUCCCGGUCACUGGCCGUGCAUGGACAGCCUCGUCUCGGUUCUCUACCUGCUCAACGACUUCGAGGAGUGUGUUCUGCGCCUGAGCGCCGCGUUCCGACGCGACCCGCAGUACACGCGCGGCCGGGCGCUUGUCGACCUGAUGCUGAAGGAGCAGCCGUCCCUGCGAGACACCAUGAGACCGUUCCUGCCGGAUGGUGACUCGACCCUCUCGGGCCGCGAGUACGACCCGGCGGCCGGCGAGCGACUGACCAAGGAGGCGGUGACGCUCCGCACCCAGCGGCGGGAGCAGCAGCGCCGACCGCGGCCGCUGGCGCCGCUCAGUUUGAGCCGACCGCCGGCCGCCGCCUCCUGGGAGGAGGUCGGACGGAGUCUGCUGCACCUCUACAAACACGUCACCGACGGUGGCGCCGCCCUGAGCCUGCUGUCACCUGUCGAGCUGGAGCCCACUCUGGCUCGGCUACAGCGGGGUGAGGCCGCCUCCCCGCCGCCUCCACCCCCUCCCGAUGGGGAUCAGCUGGAGCCGCGGUCCGGCCGCGCCGCCGGCAGGCACGUCACCUUCCAGGACGAGGAGAGCGUCCGACGCCGGCUGGACCUGGACGGGAUGGGUGGGGAAGAGUCUGGAAAUGAUAGAGGGAAGGCAGAGGGGAGUGGUGAGGAGAGUGUGACGUCUCGGAGUGAGGAUGUUGGGAAGGACACGAUGGUGACGGCGAUGGAGGUUAUUGAGGCGGACCCAGGGGCGAGUGGAGGAGAGUCUGGGAAUGACAAAGGGACAGACAAUGGCCAGAAGAUAGAGAUGAGUAGUGAUGAGCGCACGGCCGAACGGAGUGAGAGUGUGGGGAAGGACGGGACAGGCGGCAGCGAGUCUGGGAACGACAGAGGUGCGGAGAAUGAUCGAACGGCGGAGCCGAGCAGUGAUGAGCCUACUGGUGAUGAUGAGAGAAAAGCCAGGACAGUUGAGGUGCUGGAAGCGUUGGAGACUGAUCAGGGGGCGGGUGGUGAUGCAGCCGAGAGUGGAAAUGUCGUGACGGCUGUGACAAAGGGCGAUGACAGUGUUGUGACGCCGGCCAGUGUUGUGACAUCGGCUGAGGACUUCUGUGCCAGUGAUUCCAAGGUUGUCGACACCGAGCGGGUCGAAUCGGGAAAUGACAUUUCUGCCGUUAGCGCUGCCAAGAGACGGGAGGGUAAGCCUGAGCCAAUGGACACUGAUAACCCUGCUGAGUGUGGCGCUGCGGUAGAGACGCCCGCCGUUGAGGGCGACCAGGUGGCGAGCGCAGAGCCUGAGGAGAUUAGACCGACGCCAGCGGAAGGACCUAGGACAGUCGCAACGUCGCCUGAACCGGUGCGUUCAGACGAGUCGGCAACCGCCUGUGAUACUGGAAACGUAGGUGAUGAUGCCGAUAUGAAAGAAACGACAGAGACUUGUCCCGAUAACGCUGGUGUAUUGAAGAGUGACAAAGAGCUGGUUGAUCCCAGUGAAGAAAGUAAACGAGACGCAAAAGAGACUGUGGAAGGCGGUGACAGGCCAAAGUUGGAGGAAUGUUCAGAGAUAAAGCCCGAAUCGACAGACUCUGAAAUGACAUCGGAACAAGCGGGAGGUGAUGCCUCUGUUGAGCCGCCUGUGCAGGUACUUGAACAAGAGACAGUGUGUGCUGAAGACGUGACUGAGCCUGACGUCAAAAAUGAUAGGACCACCCCUACCACUCACGUACCCACUCAGCCAGCAGAGGUGAAAUCUGAAACUAUCGGCGGUCCAUCCGCGUCUGAAAAAGACGGCUCGCCAGACGCCGCUCAUGAGACGAGUGAGGUGGCUGCAGUGACUGGCUAUCAGGCUGGUUCACCGAAGACGAGUGAGCCACCAGUGACUAGGCAGGAUGCUGCUGCUGGCUCAGGAGCUGCCGCGGAAACUGAGAACCCAUCCCCAGGAGCAGUACCGCGUGCGAAGUCGGAGGACGGCGGUUCGGAAACGCCGUCCGCCGAUCGGUCGACUGUCGUGUUCAGCACUUCCAGGCCGAUACUCUGCGAUUAUGACGCAUCCAGUGAUGAUUCUACUGCUGAAACUGCUGAGGUGGUCCGGCCGCCGCCCUCGCCGCCACCGCCCCCGCCACCUCCACCAAAGGAAAGUGAUGUCAGUCAGAAGCCAGUGCCCGCGUCUCGCGAAUCCACCUCCGGUGAUGCUGAGGUGACGGGAAGCGUCCACUCCCCUCCAUCAGGUGUGAGUUUUGACGAGUCGUGGCACUCCGCGUUCACAGCCACCUCGGCCCUGCGCCGGUCUACCUGCAGCGACCCAGAGGAGGGUGAGAUUCGCUCGGACAGCGGGUCCGCGGAUGAAGACGCCGAGUCGCCAGGGCUGCGACCAUCCCGAGAUGGUAGCAGGAGUGGAGAACAGUCCCGGUUGGAUGUUUCCGUACGGGAUAUUCCUCUGCCGUCUUCUCCGCCUCCACUGCCGCCUGGGUCGCCUCCCGCGCCUCCCCCGCCGCCGCUUCCCCCUCCGCCAAAGACGGCAACUCGUCGUGUGUCCUCUUAUGAAGAGGGCGAGCUGACUGACUCAGAUGCAGACUCGGACAGAGGUGAUAUAUCGCGGAAAGUAUCGGAGGAGACGUUGGAACAUCGAGACAGUUUGACGGCUGAUCCCCAGAGUGCUGUCAAAGUGGAACUGUCUGACGUGCGGAGAAGCACUGAUGCUUCAGGACUUGGUAGAAGUGUGGUUGGAGAUGGCCUUGCGACGUCAACACAUUCAAAACCAUCAUUAGCUGUCCCUGAAUCAGACGAAGGCAAGCCUGAUCCAUCGGCUACCGUAGUGAAGUCCUCGGCAGAUAGGCCGCGCCGUUCCGGGCUUCUGGCCAAGCUGAAGGGUUUCAGGAUUGGGCGCGAAUCGAAAGACGGUCGACGCGUACUUAGUCCCGGACCGGACCAGGCUGGCAGCCCGAGCGGUCAGCGAGUGACCACUCCAGAGUCUCCACUGCUCAGCAGUCCAGCGUGUGAGUUAAGCCGCAGUCCGGCAGCUCAGUCCGUUGGCAGCCCAGUAUCUCAAUCCAUCGCCAGUCCGGCGCUUCAGUCCGUCGCCAGCCCAGCCACUCAUAAAGAAGUGGAGAGCUCUGCGUGUUCUGCUGACGCCAGCUCCGCUUCUGAGAGGACCGCUAAAGGCGACUCAGGUGGCGCUGGUGGGGAUGGUACAGUGGGCAGUGAAAUUGGCACUGAGGCAAACCCCCCGGGCGUGAAAGAUGAACCUCCUGUAAUCAACCCCCAGGCGGGUAAGAUAGAGGAAGUGCAGACUGACGUUGGGGUCUCCGCUAUACAGCCUGUCAGACGUGUUCUACCCCGCCGGAGGGCACGAUCUCUGAAGGAGGCCAUAUCCGUCCCCAAAACUGGAAAAGAAGUGAAAGCUAGUGAUAUUACUGCGGCGAAGAAUGCGAAGUGUGUCGUUCGUAUCGCAGCUGAUGAAAGAAGGGCUGCUGAAAAGGCGCUGCACUCGAAUACCAAGCUCUCUAUCAAGGAGUUGUUUUCAAAACCGAAUCGAGAAGAACGAAAACGUGACCUUGGCCUUGCGCUGUCUGUGAACCGAGAUCAAGAUCAGAAGCCUGCCCCUAGCCCACUCUUAUCUGAAACUGUUGCCCAGAAAGCACAAACCCUUGAAGUCGACAGUCCGGAAGCACAAGUCGCCGAAAACGCUCUGAAAACGGAAGUUCCCGAAGCGGAUACUCCGAAAAUGCAAGUCUCCGAAGCUCAUAGUCCUAAGGCGCAAGUCUCUGUAGCUCUUAGUCCUAAGGCGCCAGUCUCCGAAGCUCAUAGUCCUAAGAUUCAAGUCUCCGAAACUCAAAGUCCCAAGGUGCAAGUUUCUGUAGCUUAUAGUCCUAAGGCGCAAGUCUCCGAAGCUGAUAGUCCUAAGGCUCAAGUCUCCGAAGCUGCUAGUCCUAAGGCGCAAGUCACCGAAGCUGAUGCUCCAAAAUCUCAAGCAUCUGGAGCCGAUGCUCCCAAGACGCAAGCAUCGGAGGCUGAUGCUCCCAAAGAACAACUUCCCGAAACGGAUAGUCCUGCAGUGCAUCUCCCUGAAACCGAUAAUCCAAAAGUGGAAAUAUUCGAAACUGAUCAUCCAAAUCCUGAGGAGCAAAUGGAAAGUGUCGCUGAUGACACUCGGCCUGAAAAUGACUCCGAACAGCCAAAUGACCAUUCAGAUGCCGAAGUAAUUGUAGAUAGCUCAAACACGAAUGACAAACCCGCUCCGAUGGAUACGGACCGUCCAGUAGAGGUCAGAGGCGAUGGCGCUGAAGCAGAGAAACAAUUGCCCACCUCCCCACAGGAUGAAGGUGAUGAUUCUGUGCAGAUGUCCCCCGAAACGGGACCGAGUCAAGACAACGUGACUCAGUCUUUAGAGUCAUCUGUGUACGAGGAGGAGAAUCCGCUUCCUCCUGGCGCUGGUGAGGACGUACUCCCGGAGGAGAAAAUGGUGGUAGGAUCGCCUGGUAUGGACCCGGAGCAUACGAAGAAACAGAAAGAAGAAGCGAAUACAGCGAUAGACCAAGAUGUAGACAUGAGCGUGGAUUGUGCAGACCAGGAAAUGAACGUAGAUGAAAUGGAUGAUCUGGCGUCUGAAGUAAAAGUUCAAGAUCAGCAGGAUCAGGAACCGGAGCGCAAGGAUAGCGUCACCGUGGACAAAGCUGAUGACAAAGUGGAAGAAAAUAAGAUGGAUGGUGACGACGAUGGCGCUCCUCAAAGUGAACACCGUGCAGCACCUUAUGACGCCGACCUGAAACACCAUGCUGAUCAGAGCAAGAAUGAAGGUCGGGACUCGGUGGAAGAAUGCAAUCCUAGUGAUGAGAGCGCAGCGGAAGAACGCAAGCCCAUUGAAGAAGCGGCAGACAAACCGCAAACUGACGUGAAAACAAGCAUUUCUAGCGACAAGGAAGGUGGCGAACAUCGCGGUACAAGCGGGGAGUCAGGCGAUGAUUGUGAUGCUGACAAGAGUGGUGACCAGGAAAAACAAGGACUUUCUACCGAGAGCGAGCAGCGUGCUGAGAGCGAGAAGAGGGCCGAUUCAGCCGAGGAGAGACGCGGUACUUCCACCGAGGAGGGGGAGAGGGACGCACGGGGCAGUGAGGAAUCCUCUGGUGAGGAGAGAGGCGCGGAGUCGGGCCGCGGGGACCAGCCAGAUCCGACUGACGACAGCUGCGCCGGCGCGGAGACGGCCGGCUCUGCGCAGGCCUCUGACACAGGCGCCGAGUCUGAGCCAGCCGCUCCCGCCCCCGGCCGACGACGGGGCGGCAAGCGCAAACGCAACAUUCUCGACUCACUGAAGAUGUGGCCGCGUAAUGACCCGGCAGAGAAGCGGCGGAGUAAGCGCUCGCGCACGGCUGGAGGUUUGCGCUACGAGGAACCAGCCGGCGGAGAUGAGGUGGCCAACCAUCGCGAGACGUUCUCGGCGCUGAUUCCUGCCGCUCUGCGCUACGACCGCUCCUCGAUGAAGAUUGGCGAGGCCUCCCCGCGCCGAAAGGCCGCCGAUCUGGCCGGGGAUGGUGGUGAUCAGCCGGUACCACUCUCUGAGGAUGAGCGUGACGCCGUGCUGGCCUGGGUGGCGGCGCACGCAGAGAACGGCGGCGCCGUGCGCCUGCUCUGGGCGUACCUGGACAUGCUGGAGACCCUCAGGGACCGCCGGUGGCCGAGCGGCCUCGCUGAGCUGUUCACUGAGCUGUACGAACUGGCGCAGCCCCACGCCACUCGGCCAGAACCGUUCGAGCUUGAGGUGACGGCCGACUCGGCGCCGGCUCUGCGCCGACAGGUGCUGCUGGCACUGCUGUACGCAGAACUGCGCGUCGAUUGUAGUCUGGCCGACGGCGGCGGCGCUCAGGACCUCCAGCUGGCAGAGGAGGAGCUUUCCUGGCUGGGGUUCCUCGUUCACCGUGAGGAUGUGUUGGAGAAGGAACAGCCGGCCACGCUGCUCCGAUUCGGCUGGUGCUCCAGCAAGCUGUGUCGACUUCAGGGUGACGCACCGCUGGCCAUGGUACAACUGCGUGAGCUGGAACAGUGGUACGAGCGAGCCCCGGCCGAGCGACGACCCACCGUCCGUCUGGCCAACGCUGCCACUGAGCGGCUGAUCUCUCAGCAGUCGGUGCAGCGGCAACUGGCCUCGCUGCAGCGCGUGCACGACCUGGGUAGUCUGCAGCGGCUGUACGACCAGCGGCGACUUGAGGACGUAGUGGAGGUGCUGGCCGACACGUUCGGCGGCUCCGGCUCGGCGGUGAAGCUGCCGCAGCCGACAGCUGGCGGCGAGCCGCUGCCGCACCGCAGCCGCCAGCUGCUGAUGAUGGUGGAUGCGCUGCAGCGACUGGAGCGGCCGCGCGGCGAGCUGGCCGCCUACGCCGAGUCGUGUCUGCACGAGGCGCUCCAGUCGUACCUGGCGCUGGACGAGCCGGCCGAGCGGACGUGCUGGGCAGACGCGCUGCUCGGGGUGCUGGCCGCUCUGCAGGCCUGUCUGGAGCGCGGUGACGACUGGAUGGAGACGCUGGAGCCGCCGCGCCGCUGCCGCCUCACGGAGAACCUCCUCCACCUGACCGUGCACCAGCUGAACUGCGCUGACGCGAUCAUCCUGCCUCUGGAGACGGUGACACCGUGGCUGCUGCUGCACCACGCUAUCGCCACUGCCGAGCGUAGUGCGUCUGGCUCUGGCCCUACCGGCGGUGGCCGGCCGCGCACCAUGCCCGCAGCUCUGCGGUUCCUCGUCGAGGCACACGAGGCUCUGGGCGCCCGCUCGUGGUGCUGCACGGACGGCGGUGCGCUGCUGCUGCGUAGUGUCGACCACUUACUGCCAGCUCUGGACGCCGCUGACGACCUGCCGUACGACGAGCAGCUCCGCCGCGAGCUCGAGCAGUGUUUCUUCUGCCUGUACGGCCACCCUGAGAGGCGGCGCGCGGCGCGAGACCUCCAGGAUCACGGUGUUCCGCCGGUGACGCUCACCUGGCCCCGCGCGCAGCUGCUCUACUACUACUUCUGUCCGUGUGAGCUGCCCAGAUUCGACUCCUACCGCGACCUGAGCAUCUCGGCUGACGACGAGGCGCUGUUCCAGCGUGUCAUGGCGCUGGUUCCUGAGGAGAGCUCUCCGGACCGACCGUGGCGCGCGCUGGAGGAGUUUGUCACGGCUCCAGAGGAGCAGCGACCGCCACCGCCGGCCAUGCUGCCCGCCACCAGCGUCACCAAAAACCUCUACUACCUUGUGGCCGACUUCCGCUUCAAAAACCGCCAGUGGGAGACGAUCGCGCCUCAGCUGGAGUCGCUCGAGUUUUACGCGCGCGACCUGUGCAUCAACCCGGAGCGUCGCGACUCAUGGGCGGCCAUGGCGCUAACACGCGCCUCGGAGGUGGGCCGCGAGCUGAACCUGUGCCGCCGGCCCAGCGAGGACGCACCAGAGCUGUGGAGCCGUGUGGAGGCGGCCGUGCGCUGUUAUCAACGCGCGCUGGAACUCGACCCGGGCACUCACGACCUGUGGCUCGAGUUUGGGACGUUCUCCUACAUGCUCAACUCGCAUGCCAACCGGCUGCUCAGACAGGAGUCUAGCGGUGACCUGGACCUGGCCACGUUCGGCCGGCUGGAGGCGAUCGCCGCGCGGAUGGCCGGCCAGGCGGCCGAGUGUUUCCAGCGCGCGGAGGAGGUGGCUGUCGAACAGGCGGCCAUGGAAGACGGAGAGUUCUACGACGACCGCUGGCUCCACCACUACAUGCUCGGCAAGAUCGCCAGCAAAGAUGACCAGCCCGUGCAGCGGGUGCUGGCGCACUAUCAGAAGGCUCAGGAGCUGCUGCGUGAUGCCGAGUGUCCGCGGAAGAUCAACUACCAGUCGCCGCCGCACCAGGCGCUCGAGGCGCUCGAGGUGUACUACCGCACGCAUGCCACCGUGCUCAAAUACCUGCUGCAGCACGAGCAGCAGCCCCUGGAGGCGGAGGUGCGGCGCGCCAUCGUCUGGCACCUGGACGCCAUGGAGCAGAGCGCGCUGCCGAUAAAGCCGCAGAAUGAGCGUGAGGGAGAGCUGAAGCGGAAGCGCGACCCGUCCUGCUCCGAUGAUCCGGUGGAGGUGAAGCGACUCAAACUGGACGAGGCAGCGGCCACCUGCGCGGUAACUCUCUCGCACAAGAUCCUCACGUCGGCGGUAUCUGAGGCGCGGGCGCGACUGUCGGGACUCCAGCCACCCAGUGAGCAGGAGGGCCCGGGAGCCGCGGCCGCGACCCCAGCACCGGCAUCGACCGAGGAGGGUGCGCCGCCGAUGGCUCAGGCUGAGGGAACCGAACAGCGUCCGCCGCCGGCGGGUGAGGGUACCGCUCCGGCGUCUGCCUCGGCGGACAACCAGUCAGCAUCGACUCCGACAACGGCAGGGACGGCGUCGGGGGCUACACCGUCGGCGGCACCGGCAGCCGCGGCAUCGUCGACGGCGGCGGGAGCCGUCUCUGACGAUGACGUGGUCCUGCUCAGUGAUGACAGUCGCCCAGCAGCUCCCGCAGCGCCGACGGCCCCGGCGGCGAAGGAGGAGGAGCCCGAUCCCGGCCACAGGCGGCUGGUCGCCCGCUGUGUGGAGGCGCUGCACCAUGUCAUCAAACGGUUCCCCGAGCACUACAAAUCCGUCUACAGACUGGCGCACUACUACUACACCAGCAAAACCAACCGACACCUGGACUGGGCACGUGACCUGCUGCUCGGCUGUGCCGACUGGCAGACCAAGAGCCACAUGCCCACGUUUGGCCUGUUCGCCGAGAGAAAACCAAACAACUUCUUCCACGGUAUCUGGCGUAUCCCGAUCGAGGACAUUGACCGGCCGGGAAGUUUCGCCGCGCACAUGUACCGCUCCGUGUCGCUGCUGGCCGACGUGUUGCGCGCCGCGGACGAUUUCCGCACGCUGCUGCAGCUCUCCGACUGGCUCCGGCCCAUGCCGGACGAUGACAAGAAGUACCUGCGGGACGCGGAGCGCGAGCAGCUGGCCGGCCACGCGUUCAACAUGGGCCUGCAGUGCGCGCGCGCCACCUUCCGGCGACUGUUCAAAGCUCAGUCUCCCGUGUCGGGCACCAGGCGGCUCUACUUCCUCCUGGGCCUCUAUGAGACCCACGCAGGGAUGCGGCCGCGGCGGAGACCUAAGAUCGCGCGGCUGCUCGAGGAGACGUACAAAUUGUUCAGGGGAGGCAAGGUUGAGUCGGAGCCGCCGCUGUUGCAGCAGGCCAUUUCUUACUGCCGCUCCCAAGUGAACGCCAUUCAGCAGGCCAAGAUGCAGAGCGCGCCCGGUGGGCCAGCGCCGGUAGCCCGCGGCUCCGGCGGCGUGACCCGCGGCACGGGCCGCCGCGGCCGGCCGCCCCUCUCCGGCAGCCGUGGCCGCGGCCGUCCGCCGGGCUCUGCCACCUCCGUCACCGGCGCCCGGCUGCCGUCCAUGCAGGACCAGCUGCGACAGCUGCAGGCGGCGGUGGAGGCCGAGCGGCUGCGGCAGCUGCAGCAGGUGUGGGCCGAUCAGCUGGGCAGCCGAGCCACCUCGGUCCAGGCGGACGUGGAGGCCAACUAUCGGCGGCUGCUGCAGCUGCAGCGGGCCGGACAGCCGGCGAGCGAACAGAGCAAGCCCGCGCAGGCGCCGGCCAAACCGGCCCAGACACCAGCCAUACCAGCUCAGGUCACAGUGGAACCCGUACAGACACCACCCAAGUCGACGGCAGAAGCGUCUACCAAGGCACCAUCACUGACGGUACCCCAGCCGGCGGUAUCGACAGCUACCAAACCAGCGACUUCGGCAUCCAAGCCACCAGCGCCGACGGCUAAGCAGACGGUCUCCGCUCCAGCUCCUAUGCCAGCCCGGUCGGCGCCGGAGACUACAGUGGCCAGUCGGACGUUAGCUCAGGCAGCCUCCGGUGGUGCUGACCUGUCCGUGCUGGCGGCGCUUUCUCACGCCGGUCUCACUAUUACCACUGUGAGCCAGGAGAGUCCGCCGCCUUCCGUCACCCCCGCGCAGUCCCGACCCACACCGCCGCCGCCGCAGCAGGCCGCGAAACCACGCUUCUCGGACGCGUUUAGACCGGAGGUUAGUCAGACGGCAACGGUUCCAGCGCCGGCGCGAUCACAGCCUCAGACAACAGCGGCGGCGCCGACCCGACCGCCUUCCCAGACAACAGGUGCUGCGUCAAUCCUCCCGCAGCCGCCUCAGCCACAGACGACAACCAAGCCUCAGUCUCAGCCGACAUCAAAGCCCCAGUCUCAGCCGACAUCAAAGCCCCAGCCUCAGGCGACGGCCAAGCCCCAACCGCAGACGAUAUCCAAGUCUCAGUCGACAUCCAAGCCGCUACCACAGGCGUCUGCCAAGCCUCGGUUCUCUGACGCCUUCCGGGGAACGGAGAGCGGUCAGCAGCCGCCAGCCGCGCUCCCGGCCCUGCCCAAGUCUCUCACGGUGAAGGAGGUAUCGGUGCCAACCUCGUCGGCAUCUGUCGCGGCGUCGGCAGUGGCGUCGGCGGCCACCGGCCGGACCUCCGACUCAGUCAGAGUUUCGGUAUCACCGGUGCCGCCGAAGGAUGGACGGGCCGCGGCUGAGACUCUGCGAGCUGUGAAGGCGACUCCGGGGAUGACCAUCACUCCGACCAGUGGAGGAAGCAGGGUGACCCCGCCGACCAGCGAGACGAGACCGUCGACCAAAGCUGGGUCGGCAUCUGUGGCGACUGUGACGCCGACCAAACCGUCGGCCAGCGCGGCGGCGGUCUCGAAGACGCCGGAGAAGGCGGCGGCUCCGUCGGAACGUCUUCCGUCGGAGGUAUCUGUCAGUGUGUCGGCCGGCGGCGGUUCCGUCAGCAUCACCCCUCUGUCGACCUCCCGGCCGGCUGUCACCACGGCCGCGGAGACUCCGAGCGUGUCUCUGACUCCAGCGGUGCCGCGGCCCCAGCCGAGACCGGUCGCCAGGGAUCGACCCCGUCCGCGGCCGACCGCUACUGCCACCGCGCUGCUGCGCCAGUACCGGAGCCGGCCGGCGCCGCCGCCGCCGCUACCGCGUCUUCCCAGCGGGAUGACGGUGACGCCUAGCCGUGCUCCGGCGCCGGCGCUGCCGUCUCACAUCUCCAUCACACCGGUGUCGGCGGCGCCGCGGCCGGCCCCCAUCCCGGCCGAGCUGGCCCGCGCGGCCGCCGGGGGACUCUCCAUCACCCCUGUGGUGCCGCCGGUCCGGCUGGUGUCCAGACCGCGACUGGCGGCUCCCUCCGGCCCGCCGCGGCCGCCCCCGCCGCCUCGCCAGUCCUCCCAGCGGCCGGCGCGACAGCCGGCCGUCCGUCAGCCGGUGGUGGCGCUGCAGAAACUACCGCCGAGCGUUCUGCCGUCGCGGCCGGCCGGCGCCCCCACCCAGCGGGCCGGCUCGGCCCGGCCCGCACACUCAUCAGCCGGCCCUCAGCGGCCGGCGACCGGCGCCGCUCGCCCCGCGCACUCGGCAUCAACCAGCUGGUCGCAGCGGGCUCCGCCAGCCACGGCUGCGGCUCCGGCUCGUAACCGACCUUCCUUCUCAGCGAGCCUGCCGCGCCAGAGGCCGGCGGUGGAUAUGGGACAGCUACCGGCCUCCAUCUCAGUCACCCCCGUAGUGGUACCGGCCCAGCCGCCCAAGCCGAAACCGUCAGGAGGUAGUGAUGAUGACGUGAUCUGUAUCGACUGAUCUCCGUGAGAUGUCCUUCCCGAGACGAAGUCAGGGUGACUGCCAAUCGUGCUGUGAACUGUUUUCCUAGUCUUUUUGUUGGCCUUGUUUGUGUACUGUUGUAUUUAAAAAUGUGAGGUCGUGGAAAAGUAAAUUUUGGAAUCUUUUGGAGGCUCUGCCAAUAGCAGACAAUGCCUACCUGUUCAGCUGGAGAGAAUUGACCCAGUUGCUUCUUAUCAAAUUUCAAUCGUCUUUAUUGUUCUCCAAUGGCCAGUCAAGCCACAGGACACAUGACUGCAGGCUGCGCCUUGUGAAAUGUUUUGUAUCUUGUAAUAUGCUUUGUAAUAAAAUACUCAAUUAUU